GUCGUUGCAUUUGCAAGAAAGAUUGGAUUUUCAGAUGAUGAGUUUCUGAGUACUGACACUUUGAAGCUCAAACUCCACUUUCUCUCUCUCUUUCCCUCUCCUCCAUUUUUUUCUGCUCGAAAAAUGCAUUUACUUCAUUCACCAAUUCCUCCUAAUCUUUCAUUUCAACCCUCGAAAAUUUUCCAGCAUAAAAAUGGGUUAGUGUUCAAUGGAUUGAUUCAACAGAACAGGCAGAUAAAGUCUACAUGGGGUUUGCAUAAUCAAGUUAAUUUUGGUUCAAUUACAGUUAAAGCUUCUUCUGUUGAAGCUGGUGUUUCAGCAUCUUCGAUCAAAACAGCUGAGAGUGAUGUCCUCAAAGCAUUGUCUCAAAUCAUAGAUCCAGACUUUGGGACAGACAUUGUUUCUUGUGGCUUUGUAAAGGACCUACAAAUUGAUGAAACUGUGGGAGAGGUGUCAUUUCGCUUGGAGCUUACGACCCCAGCCUGUCCAGUAAAGGACAUGUUUGAGCAAAGAGCAAAUGAGGUGGUGUUAGCGCUUCCUUGGGUUGUAAAAGUGAAGGUUACUAUGUCAGCCCAACCUUCAAAACCAAUUUUAGGGGCAGACCUUCCAAAGUGCUUGCAGAGAGUUUCAAAUAUUGUGGCCGUUUCUAGUUGUAAAGGAGGUGUAGGAAAAUCAACUGUUGCUGUUAAUCUUGCUUAUACUCUUGCUGGGAUGGGUGCUAGAGUUGGUAUUUUCGAUGCUGAUGUGUAUGGUCCCAGUUUGCCAACAAUGGUUUCACCAGAGAAUAGGCUACUAGAAAUGAUUGCAGAGACGAAGACCAUACUUCCAACUGAAUAUUUGGGUGUCAAACUGAUAUCAUUUGGAUUUGCUGGGCAAGGUCGUGCAAUUAUGCGGGGACCAAUGGUUUCUGGAGUUAUUAACCAGCUACUUACUACAACUGAAUGGGGGGAACUCGACUACCUUGUUAUUGACAUGCCACCAGGGACUGGUGACAUUCAGCUAACUUUGUGUCAGGUUGUUCCAUUAACAGCAGCAGUCAUUGUUACAACUCCACAAAAGCUAGCAUUCAUUGACGUAGCUAAAGGAGUUCGCAUGUUCUCAAAACUCAAGGUACCAUGCGUUGCUGUUGUGGAGAAUAUGUGUCAUUUUGAUGCAGAUGGGAAGCGCUUUUAUCCUUUUGGCAGAGGUUCGGGCUCUCAGGUUGUUGAGCAGUUUGGAAUUCCGCAUCUGUUCGAACUUCCAAUAAAGCCAGCUUUGUCUGCUUCUGGAGAUAGUGGACAACCAGAAGUGGUAGCUGAUCCGCUAGGAGAGGUUGCGAAGACAUUUCAAGACCUUGGAGUUUGUGUUGUACAGCAAUGUGCCAAGAUUCGCCAACAAGUAUCAACUGCUGUCCGCUAUGACAAAGCAAUGAAGGCAAUAAGGGUGAAGGUACCUGAUUCAGAUGAGGAGUUUCUUCUUCAUCCUGCAACUGUGAGACGGAAUGAUCGGUCUGCACAGAGUGUGGAUGAAUGGACUGGUGAGCAAAUGUUACAGUACACUGAUAUCUCAGAAGAUAUUGAACCCGAAGAAAUCAGACCUAUGGGUAAUUAUGCUGUGGAAAUAACAUGGCCAGAUGGGUUUAACCAGAUUGCACCGUAUGAUCAACUUCAGACCAUGGAGCGAUUAGUUGAUAUCCCUCAGCCAAUACCCGCCUAAGACAAUUACAGAGGUGUACAAAUGAAUUGAGCAUACUGGCACAUGUAUAUGUGUGCUUUUCUUCGACAUGAGAAUUAUAUGCAGUUAAUACAAGAUACAACCAUCUGAAGACCGAAUUCUGGUGCAACUCCUCGGAUCUCUUUAACAGGGAAUUCAGAAGAUAGUGAUUGAUUUUUCUUGAAAAGUUAAAAUUAGGUACAUGAGAUAGGCUUGUAAUCACUUGAAUGUAAUGUAGAUAGAUAUAAGCAUUUUAGAUAUCAUUCUGUAAUAUUAUUGAGUGUUCAAAUCACAAUCAUUAUCUGUUCCAUUCUUUCUUUAAGAA